UAUCAUUCUCAUAUUUAAAGUGGCCUAGUUGUCAUUACUACAAAUAUCAGGGGAAUGGAUGUAAUUGCACCAACUUUUGUUUAGUUAGCUCUAGGUUUUGUUGCUGCAUCAACGUCCGACCGAGCGCAGGCAUGGAGAACGAGGAGCUACUGUGCGAGGCAGCGAGAAAUGGCGACGCUGACAAGGUUCGAGCUCUGAUAGACUCAGAAGCAGACGUAUCGUACUUCGACGCCGAAGGCCUCACUCCUCUGAUGCACGCGGCGAAGCACGGCCGUGCCGUGGUGGUGAAGCUUCUCCUCGAAGCAGGCGCACCAUGGAACGCCCUCUCUCCUUCCAACCUCUCCGCCGGCGACUUCGCCAUGGAUUCCGGCCACCAAGACGCAUUUGACCUCCUCCUCAACGCUGGGAUACAAGCUGAGUUGAUCCUUGGAACAAUUGCAAGGAGAGAAAAAGUUGAAGGUGAUUCUGAGGGGGACUAUUUAGAAGAUAGAAUUACUUUUAGUGAGGAUAAGCUGAUGGAUUCCAGCAGCAAGGCUAUAAUGAUGGCUUGGGAAAGACCAUUAAUGGAGGCUCACGCAAAAACUGUUUGCUCAGGAGGUGGCCACAUACUGAACAUUGGAUUUGGAAUGGGUCUUGUGGAUACGGCCAUUCAGCAAUAUGCACCCAUUACGCACACCAUUGUUGAGGCUCACCAUGAGGUUUAUGAUCGUAUGAUUCGUUGUGGUUGGGGUGAGAAAGAGAAUGUGAAGAUCCUAUUUGGUCGUUGGCAGGAUGUCCUCUCUCAACUUGAAUCUUAUGAUGGUAUUUUCUUUGACACUUACGGGGAGUAUUACGAAGAUAUGAGAGAGUUUCACCAACAUCUUCCUUCAUUAUUGAAACCUGGAGGGAUCUACUCAUUCUUCAAUGGUCUGUGUGGAGGUAAUGCCUUUUUUCAUGUUGUUUACUGUCAGCUAGUUUCUCUAGAACUUCAGGAUUUGGGUUAUUCCACCCAGUUGAUACCUCUGCCUGUUAAGGAUUGUUUGGGAGAAGAAGUCUGGGAGGGUGUGAAACACAAAUAUUGGCAGUUAGACACAUAUUAUCUCCCUGUUUGUCAGUCUUUACAAGAAUCCGAAGGAUGAGUACUUAUUUUCUGUUUUUCCUUUUUAUCUUGAUGUUGGAUGAGUUAAGAAUCCACAUCUUUCUCUCAUAUUAUCGAACAUGAUGGUUUAAUAUAGGGUUGAAUGCUUAAUAUGCUCUAUAUAUGAGUUUAUGAGGGAGAGAUAUACAAAAGGGUGUUAUUUACCUUACCACAAAGAGAGGC